UCUGAGCAGGAGCACACCCCGAUCCGCUUUCGGUACAUGCUGGCUGGACUCGUUUCAAACAUUUCCUUGAAGAUGGCGGACGUACAGCCGCCACCUCUCCGGGCUCUGGAUGAUUUUCUCUUGGGGUCAGCGCGGUUCGCUGCACCAGAUAUCAGGAAUUUGGAGAGGUGGAAUAACCGGAUUAUCAACAACCUGCUGUACUAUCAGUCCAACUAUUUCGCGUCAGCAGCAAUAUUCAUGGUUAUAAUUGGGUACUUCCGGCCGCUGCAGCUGCUCGUGGGCGCCCUGGUGGUGACGCUGCUGUUCUUGGGGUUCGUGUGGGCAGCGGAGAACCAGGCCGCCGUCCGGCGCUUCCGUCGCACGCACCCGUUCCUCUCCCUCUCCGCCAUCCUGGGAGGGGCCUACCUGCUGCUGUCCCUGCUCGGCGGCGUGGCCGUGUUCCUGUUCGGGAUCGCCUUCCCCGUCCUACUGAUCCUGUGCCACGCCUCGGUGCGCCUGCGCAGCCUGAAGAACAAGCUGGAGAACAAGCUGGAGAGCAUCGGCCUAAAGAGGACGCCCAUGGGGCUGCUGCUGGAGGCCCUGGGGCAGGAGCAGGAGGCCGGCUCGUAGGCCGGGGGCCAGCCAAUGAACAGAAGAGGAGAUGAGGGGGCCAGCCAAUGAGAGGAGGAGAUGGGAUGAAGAUCUCCAGCACCACUGAUCAUCGACUCCCAUGUCUUUUUCUUUUUUUAUGUUAUUUUAUUUUUUUUAUAAUGAGGUCUCUGGUGUGGUAUCCGGUCUCUUAAAUGGUGUUGAGUCUGAGCACAGAACUAGGAAUUAUUUGCCCAGAACUAGGAAGAACUGUAGAGAGAGUGCUUGAAGCAUGCUGCUCAAUUGUCCAGAAAUGCAGUAAAUUAUGAGUUAUUUUCAUGGUUCCAUCAUCCAGAACCAUGUUGGACCACUGUGUUUAAGACAAGAUUCCUACUUUUUCACACAUAUGGACUUAUUUGAACAAAAAGUAUCAAAUACUUACGCUAGAUGAUCAUGCAAGAAAGGUGUUUACUUGAUUAACUAUUUGUUUUAUAUUGUGAAGAAUAUUGCACAGAGAGGUUUUGGAUAGGUUUAGAGUCAAGGUGUUUUAUUGAAUAUGUCCACAGAGCUUGUAAACGGUAUUAGUUUAGCUGUAGGUUGCAGCAGCUAAACUAAUUCAGAGGAGUAUAAAGUUUUCACAUGUCUGUGAUACAGAAAUUAUUUUAGAGUGCAAUUUUGGGCAAAACUAAUUCACUGGCAGGUUUUUUUUCCAUUCGUACUGCUUCAUACUCCAACUCUUACAAAGUGCCAAUCAUUCCAACUAUAGUUAUGAAUAGAAUUUCUGGGCAGGGCCUUGAAUUCUGUUAAUUUUAGGUUCAAAUUCUGUGAUGAGGCUGAUGUGGCUUGUAAACUUUUUUAAAUCAUGUAUAUUCAAAUUGCAAAGUUAUAUGGAUACAGGCCUUAAGCAUGUCUUCGUUCAUUUUACAUGUUUUCAAUCCCCAUUUUCCAAUAGUUCAGAAAACUGAGAAGUUUCAGCACUGAAUGAAGAGUGUACUCUGGUGUUUAACACAGAAUGGAUGGCAGUUAAUAUUCCUGGUCUUUCAUACUGAAAUAUUAAAUCUAGAUACUUGAGACCUUAAGUUAUUAUAUAAUGCCAUUGCAAUUAGAUACAGCCUUAUUUAUUCCUUAACCUGAUUUACUGUCAAAAAUUGGACAAGAAUUGUCAGUGUGCUUUGGUCUUUUUAGAUAGAUUCCUACACGUGGGAGGGUAUUGCCAAAAUGUCUCUUAAGAUGGAUGGGUAGUAUUGUAAGUAUUGUAACUCCAAAAUUAAGAUUAAUUGCUUUCAAAAUGUGUUUUCUGCAAGCUGGUCAGAACUAAGGAUCAUGUACCAUGGACACUACACCAUAAACAUUGUUGGGUAGUUUUUUCCUCUGUGUUUGAAUUUAGUGUUUAGUGUUUUAGUGUUGGGAAACAGUAAUGUGUUUUAUUAUGCUGACUUACGAAGGAAAGGACCACAAUAUAUAUGCUCAUAUAUAAUGUUCAUUUUUUUUGUAUCCAUUUUGCUGUUUACUGAUUUUGCAUUAUUAUGAAGGACCGAAUUAUGAAGAGAUUUUCACAUUUCUGUUUCAUUUCAAAGCACUAAUCACAGCCUUUUACUUGUAAAACGAUUGGCCUUUAUUAACGCAAACUUGUAUAGCCAGAGUUCUCCACACAGUGCAUUAUUUUGAAAUGUUUUCAACAUUGUCUGAUGUGUAUUCUGAACCUCUUUGUCAUGCUUGUAAUAUCACAUAUUGCAGUUGGUCAAAUACAUGAAUACAGAAA